AUGGCUAGGGCGUCCCCCGUAGGCGACGCGCGAGGACAUCGCCGUACACUCCGAGGAGCACGAACUGGUGGACCUGAUGGAGAGGAGAAAGGUAAGAAUCAUGUGCUUGCAGGAGACAAAGUGGAGGGGAGUAAGGCCAAAGAACUUGGAAACGGAUUUAAACUGUUCUACAUAGGAGACGAUGGAAGAAAGAACGGAGUUGGAAUUGUUUUGGAUGAGGAACUCAAGAAGGGGGUACUAGAAGUGACAAGAUCUUCAGACCGAAUCAUCUGGCUUAAGAUGGAGAUGGGUAAACUGGUGGUGAACAUCAUGAGUGUGUAUGCGGCCCAACAAGGUUGUGCAGACGAAGAAGGAGAAGUUUUGGGAGGAGUUGGACGAAGUUGA